AUGAAUCCAGCGAUAGAGACGGAGAUUCUUAACAAGUACAAUCUCUCGACAUUGUACCCUGCAGCAUGGCCAGACGAGAAGAAUGAAGCCGACGAGGACGAGGAUGACGACUUUCAGGAGCCCAUAGCUGUCCCCAGAGCUGCCCCGCAAAAGGUGCGCCGGUCGCAAUCGCGCUUCUCCGUGUUGGAGGAUAGAUCACGGUUCUCGCGCCAGGUCCCUGGAGCUGAGCGGUCGAAGGAUGGUGUGGAGAACCUGGUGCAGAAGGACGAGCAGGACCCGUUGGGCAUGUAUCCCAGUGUUGUCCAGGUGCUGCGGGCGAAAAACAUACCGGUAGAAGAUGACAUGAAGCUGCAAUGCAUAGGCAAUCGCUUUCUUCUGAGCUCCACCACCUUCUCGCCAUCCCUCUUCCUGUCGCAAGUUCACAGCGAAGCGUCCACGGACUCCCUCCUGGCUGGCCUCGAUUUCCUCUCUCGCUCGAUUGAGAAGAAGUCAGCUUCGCUCAAGGUCCUCGUCGAAUCCAACUUUGAGCGCUUUGUGGGCGCAAAAGCGACCAUUGACAGGGUCUACAAUGAGAUGCGGGAUCAGGGCAAGGAGGCCGAGACGCCCAAACUUCCCCAGCACACUCGGACUGGUAGUCGAUCUAGCUUUGCUGGACGAGAGAGGGGACCUAGUUUCUCACUCUCGGCGGCGGCGGCACAGCCAGCGCCAGUGGAGAAGAAGAAGAAGAAGAAUGCGCUGGUCAAGGAGAGUGAAUACGGUGUCUCGGGUAUCAAAGUUCCGCUUACUGAGGUCGCGGUGAAAGCAGAAGAAGUCUGGGGGCCUGCAUUGAACGGACGUGAAAGAGAAGAGACGCUUAAGUCUAUACUGGAAUCCGUGGAGCAGAAUCGAGGAUUAUUCGAAGUUGCGUCGUCUAUGCAAGAAGCCAUACGUCAAAGAGACCACGAGGCAAUAUCUGAAGAAUACAAGCGUGCGCGCAAGUACGUUGACGAGGCGCGAAAUCUGGUUGAACGAACGCACGGUACGCAGACGCCGCUUUCUGACGCCCAUAUACAUUUGAUAAUUGUGACGGCGCGCAUGUGGUCCGACGUCGAGCGACAGCUUGAGCAAUUCAAACGCGACGCCUGGAAGCGACUGGGGUCUACGCACUUUGUCAGUCACCAGACUGGGGGAGAGGAAGUUAAAUCAGAUCAAUAUCUCACCAUUAUCUCGAUCAUGUUGGAACUUGGUACAGACGAGAACCCUAUCUGGCAUUGGCUCACAUCACGAUAUGAAUACCUCAAAUUACGCCUUAGUACUACUUGUGAGCGAUCGAGAGUGGAAAUUGAGGUUCUUCGAAGACAUCUUGCCAAUGUGGAGAAGCCAAACUUGCGCAUGUUGCAGAAGCAUCUCCGCUCUGUACCAACGAGUAGCAACGUUAGUCCCGAACCUUCGAAGCUCGACACGCCCAAGGUUAUUGAGUUCUGGGAGCACAUACAAGCUUCCUUGACUGCGCUUCUUUCCAACAAAAACGGUCUAUUGGCUGAGCUUAUAGAGUACUGGGAGAUUGCACAGUCCUUCCUAUCUGGCCGCGCGCAGCGGAACUUGCCAACUGGAUAUCAGAAUCAAUCUUCAGUGCACCAUACACUGACCGAAGAGAAUCGGAUUGAGCUAGAGAGAGGAUUGACCGAGCUUAUCAGCAUCAUUCGAGAUCACUUGUAUUCCUUCUUUUCAGAUCCUCCCAUCGAAGAUGUCUCAUUACUAUUUUCGCCUCUACCCGUCUCGCCAAUCGCAGCAACACCGAGAACACCCCUUAGUGCUGCCUUGAGUCCAAUAUCAGGUUCACGAUUCCGCUUCGAUCAAAGUAAUCUCCCACCACCAUCUCCUAAUCGUGGUGAGGCAUGGGAGAAGUAUGCCUUCUGGCCGCCGCACUCGAAUGCUCUCUCAGGAUCUCAUUUCCUAUCAAAAGCUAUGGUCCUGGUUGGCACUGCAGCCAACGAAUUGGCGUCAUUGCGACUACCAGAAACCGGUCUGAGUUCACGAUUCGACGAGCUUUUGCGCCUCUUGCUCGGCAACGUGCGCGAGCGCUGUGUCCAAGCUAUCUGCGCAUCCUGGAACGCCGAUGCUGAGAAGAUGAAGGUCUUGGAAGACUGGACCCGCAAUACUGAGCGCAAAGAUACCACAAACCUACCUCAACGUUUCCUCGCGGUGCAAAGUUUCCUACUGAACAAUCUACAAAAGACACUCUACGUCGAAGCUGCGACCAAGACUCGCGUGGAUGUAGUCGUCCCGCCUAGUAAUAAGCUGUUGCAGAUGGUGAGGAGCCAAUUCGUGACAAGCUUGUACCGUACUUUCACCGGCAUGGUGGAAUGUGCGGAUCAAGGCCGGAAAGCACUAGGAAGUGACUUUGAGGUCAAGGGCGACGAUCUCACAAUCGAUGAAUUGGAACUUGAAGAACGCGGAGACUGGGGCCGUGUAGAUGCAAACAAACAGUCAACCCGUCUUCUCCUCACCCUCUCCAACAUGGCUUGCUUCCAAUCCUCCAUCGCCCCGCAACUCGUCUCCCUCUUCGAGACCCUCUUCUCCGUCCAACUCACCGACGAAACCGCGCGCAUCCGCGACGUCCUCUCUCAACUCGAUGCCCAGCUUUUCAAAUCUUACACCAAACCCCACGCCACACGCAUCCACAACACCAUCGAAGCCGGCAUCUUCAGCCCGACCUGGGCCCCUCCACCCGCACCCAAUCAAGGCAUCGCAGACCGCGACCCAAGCCCCUAUGUCUUCAACGUCCUCCUCGACCUCGUCAUCGUCCACACCGAAGCUUCCACAACCUCUGCACCACUCACCCCGCGCAUCCUGCGCUCUCUCUUCGACGCUACUACCUCCUCGCUCAUUAAUACCUUUCGCUCCCCGAAUCUACAGCACAUCACGCUGCCGCAGCUUAUGCAGGCUACCCUUGACGUCGAGUUCAUGGCACAGACUCUUGCCGCGUUUACGACGGAGCGCGCGUCGCAAACGCAGACGGAUAUUUAUCAGGUGUUGGAUGCGAAGACGAAUAAUGAGGCGAGGGUGAGAUUGCAGGAAGAGCUGGGGGCGUUGAGGGGCGUGUUGAAGAGGGGGAGGGAGGCGACGAGGGUUCAGUUUGGGUGUUUUAGACGCGGGAAGAGGGGGGGACCUGCGGGGCAGGGUGGUGGUGGUGGUGGUGGUGGUGCUGUGGUGGGUGGAGAAGGAGGAGAGGGGGAGGACUAG